UGUUUUUUCACAUUUAAAACUCUAACUUCACUCGGGAGAAAAAUAAAUAAACAAAUCAGAGAGAGAAAAAGAGUAGUACUUUUGGCGCUGCAGUCUUUUUACUCGUAAAGUUUUAUUUGAUUUUGGGAUGGCAUCUUCAUCACUGGCUAGUCCGCUAUGCACGUGGCUGGUGGCUGCUUGCGUGUCUGUCACGUGCGGGAAAGACCAGUCACCGUCUGCAAUGCUCCACUCAUCAGCCUCUGCUUCUUCUAAAAGACUCGGCCGUUGUGCUCGUAACAGAAGGAAAGCUCUUCUUCCUCAAUGCUGCGGCGGCUCAACCGGCAAAGGAGACUGGGGCUUGAUUUCGUCGUUUUGUGGAUCCAGCAUUCAAGGCUUGGUGACUUCCUGCUUGGCUUUUGAGCCCUGUAAUGACUACUAUUCCUCCAAAAGUCGUAGCCUUUUCGGUCAAAGUGGGAGCCUUUCUUCUCUCUUUGGGUCCAAAAAUGUUCCCUUCAAUAAUAAUCGCAAGCACCGGAGGCUCAAUCGAGGAGCUGUUCAUUCGGGAGAAGUCAUGGCUAUAGCUGUGCAACCCACAAGAGAAAUUGCAACAAAGAAGAAACCUCCUACAAAGCAAAGACGAGUUGUUGUGACAGGGAUGGGAGUGGUAACUCCACUUGGACAUGACCCUGAUGUCUUCUAUAACAAUUUGCUUGAGGGUGCCAGUGGUAUAAGUGAAAUCGAGACUUUUGACUGUGCCCAGUUUCCAACUAGAAUUGCUGGAGAGAUAAAAUCUUUCUCAACUGAUGGAUGGGUUGCACCAAAACUUUCCAAGAGGAUGGAUAAAUUCAUGCUUUAUUCACUUACUGCUGGAAAGAAAGCCUUGCAAGAUGGUGGAGUAACUGGAGAUGUAAUGGAGGAGUUAGAUAAAGCGAAAUGUGGAGUUUUGGUUGGUUCAGCAAUGGGUGGCAUGAAGGUUUUCAAUGAUGCGAUUGAAGCUUUGAGGAUCUCAUACAGGAAGAUGAAUCCUUUUUGUGUACCAUUUGCCACUACGAAUAUGGGUUCUGCAAUGCUUGCAAUGGAUUUGGGAUGGAUGGGUCCUAACUAUUCAAUCUCCACUGCAUGUGCUACAAGCAACUUUUGUAUAUUAAAUGCAGCAAACCACAUCAUUAGAGGCGAAGCUGAUGUGAUGCUUUGUGGUGGCUCUGAUGCAGCAAUUAUACCCAUUGGGUUGGGAGGAUUUGUGGCAUGUAGAGCACUCUCUCAGAGAAACAAUGAUCCUACCAAAGCUUCACGCCCUUGGGAUGUUAGUCGUGAUGGAUUUGUCAUGGGGGAAGGUGCUGGGGUUCUGCUUUUAGAAGAAUUAGAGCAUGCUAAGAGGAGAGGUGCGACUAUCUAUGCAGAAUUCCUGGGUGGAAGCUUCACUUGUGAUGCUUAUCACAUGACUGAACCACACCCUGAUGGAGCUGGUAUCAUUCUCUGCAUAGAAAAGGCCUUAGCUCAGUCUGGAGUAUCUAGAGGAGAUGUAAAUUACAUUAAUGCUCAUGCUACAUCUACACCAGCUGGAGACAUUAAAGAGUACCAGGCUCUCCUACAUUGUUUUGGCAAGAAUCCUGAGUUAAGGGUGAAUUCAACAAAGUCAAUGAUUGGUCACCUACUGGGAGCUGCUGGUGCUGUGGAAGCUGUUGCAGCAGUACAGGCAAUACGGACUGGUUGGGUUCAUCCAAAUAUCAAUCUGGAAAACCCAGAUGAAGGAGUGGACACAAAUGUGCUUGUUGGGCCAGAGAAAGAAAGAUUGAAUGUUAAGGCAGCACUGUCUAAUUCUUUUGGGUUUGGCGGCCACAACUCCUCUAUCAUAUUUGCCCCAUACAAGUAAAAUAGUUAAACCAUUGCUCUUCCAGUGUUAAUCUUAGAUUCGGCUGAAGCUACAUCAUGCAGACUACCCAGGAAAUCUCCUGUAGACAAAACAUCACUAUGAAAGUGUUAUUAUAGGAAGUAUUGGCCAGGUAGCAGGAGCAUUAACAAAGACCUGACUGUAUGGCUCUAUGUAAGAAGCAAGGAGGAUGUGCAGAGUUCACUGUUGUUUCUGAAGAUUUCGUUUCCCUUAAAAAUAGCUACGAUGGAGGUUUUAAUCGUUUAGUUGACAUGGGUCAUUGAACCACCAUUAACUGUAGUUCUGAUCCCGUAAUUUUGUCUUCAUGGACAAGAAAAUGGCUGAUCAGUUGUUUUUGAUAGUCAAUUUGUAAUGAAUUUUGAACAGGUUACACUUUGUAGGUGGUUUAUGGGUUUAUGUUCAUGCAAGCUUGUUUUCUUCUCUUUUUUCUUUUCCCUAAUCACCUGCCCCUGGAAGAAAAAAUGCAUUGCCCACUCACCUGUCUCUGGAAGAAAAAUAGAAAUAACCUGUCAAUUCAUUCAUUGUAUCUUCCACUUGCAAGGUAUCUCAUUGAUAUUUAAUUUCAAUUAGCCUUUGUAUAAAAUGAUUAGACUUUAGAUAAUAGGAAGGAAAGAGAACAUUGACUCUUUAUGCUUUGAUUGGUAAGAAAGCUACAAAAGGAUGAAAAAUAUUAGGUGAGAA